AUGCAUAAAAUAACACUAAAAUUUUUAGACUAAUCAAUUGAAUAGAAAUAUUAGUAAGAACAUUAAAUUCCUAAAAGAAGAACUCAUUUAAAAAUAUUCAUGUUAUUUUUUAUUGUGCUGUAGAUUAUUAAGCUUACUAUAGCAUUAAUUAUUAAAAAUUAUGCAGUAGCUUAUCCCAUACUUGGUAUGAUGGGAUGCACUGCUAUUUCUAAGUUCUUUAAUUUUAAUAAAGAAUAUCAUUAACGUGCAUUAAUUAUUUACAUAAACAUUUGUUUUUCAAUAUAUGUACUUUUUUUUGAUCCACCUUCAGAUACACCAACAAUGUAUUUUAGAGGAGCUCAUUAAAUGAUUAUUAAUGUUAUUAACAUACUUGGAACUGAAUUUUUAGAUUCAACUAUGACAAUUACUGUUUUGUAUUCAUUAAGAAUAUUUCAUUUAAUAAAAAAUAGUGCUAUUAUUGACAUUACAUCUGUUAUUAUGGGUUUUGGAUCCAAUUUUUCUUUGCUUGUUAUUGUUUAUUUAUAUCAUAAAGCAAUAAGAUCAUAAUUCCUUUUAACUUAAAUUGAUUAAAGAUGGGAAAACAUUUUAAAAUAAAUUCUUCAUAAUUAAAAAUUUAUCUUGAUUAAUUUUUAAAUUCAAAAAUUGUAAUUCUAAAGUGUUACAUCUACACUUUCACAAACAAUACAAUCAAAAGAAGAAGUUUUGAAUUUUUUAAGAGAAUCUAAAGUAGAAAAUGAUUCAUUAGAAUAAUACUUAUUUCAUAAGUUAUAAGAUUACUCAUAAAAUUAUUAGGAAAUUAUUAAUCAUGCGGUAAAUGUUAAGUUUAAUAAAUAAAUAAUGUAGGUUGAUUUUUCUAUCUUUUUUGGAAAUUAACCUACCAUCCUAAUUUAGAUUAGAUCAUCAAAAUUAGAUUCCUAAAAUUAUGAAAUUUAAAAAGUUUGUAAAUAAUAUUUAAAAUUACUGAUUGUCUUUAUUAGGAUUAUAAAAGAGAAUAGACCUUUUGAUAAAAUAUAAUUCCAUAAUUUAGCUAAUAAUAUUUAAUUCUAAGAUUUAAUGAUAUAAAUAUGGAAUUCAUAAUUAAUAUGUAAAACUAUAAGUUUGAAGAAAUAAUUAUAAAAAAUACAAAAGUUUAGUAAUCCUAACACUAAAAUUUAAUUAGUAAGUCCAAAUUAUUUUAUAAAUACAAUUCCAAAAAUAUUUUAUUUAUUAUUAGCAUUCAUUGUUGAUUGUUAAACAAGUGAAUUAAUCAUUAUUAAAGGUGAAACUUUGGAAACAAAUUUAAAUAAAAUAAAAUUCUAAGGAAAAUUCAAUGUUCGUAAACUUAAUUAUUAUAUAUCGAAAAUUAAGUUUUACUUGCUUCUCAUUUGCAAGGAAAUCAAUGCAGAAUAAUUUUGUAUAUUAUAUUAAUAUAAUGUUAAGGUAUUAAUCUUGAAUUAAAUGAUGAAAUAUUUUUGCCAUUCACAAAUGUAAUUAUGCCUCAAUUAAACUUUGGAUAUUUAAAGAAUAAUGUAAUUAAAUGA